AAUAUAAAUAUGUAAAGGUAAGUUCUUGUGCCAGUUAGUGAUGGAUGUGAAGAGAUAGAAACAGUAGCAAUAAUUGAUAUUCUGCGUAGAGCAAAUAUAGAUGUUACAUUUGCAUCAAUAAAACCUGUUGAAGAUGAAAAAGCUCCAGUGAUAGUAGGUAGAUCUGGAAUAUCUUUUAUUUGUGAUACUUAUUUGACAGAAGCAGUGUUAAAAUAGUAAUUUGAUUUAAUAGCUCUACCAGGAGGAUUAUCAAAUGCACAACAAUUAGGAACUCAUUAACCAUUAGUAAGAGUGAAUGUAUAUAUUAAUUAGUUAGAUCGAUUGAGACAAUAAUAGGAAGAAGGGAAAUGGAUAGCUGCAAUAUGUGCAUCACCUUAAUUAGUUUUAGAUAAAAAUGGUUUUAUGAUAAAUUCUACUGGAACAUGUCAUCCAGCUCAUGUAUAGGAUUACAAAGGAUAAUUUUCUGAGGAUAGAGUUCAUGUUAGCAAUAAGUUUAUUACUUCAAGAUCUCCAGGAACAGCUAUAGAAUUUGCAUUAGCAUUAGUGGAAUUAUUGGUUGAUUAGCAUACUGCAAUUUAAAUGGCAAAAUCAUUAUUAGUAAAACGAUGAAGUUUAAACUAAUAAUGAGUUUAAAGAUAAUUAUUAUAUAGAUAAUAUUAAAUCAC